AAUGCAGCAUGGUGGUCUCCAGUUUAUGACGUCGUCUCCUCCUGGGUCAAUUCACUGACGGUGAGGACAAGUAAGUUGAGUUGCAGACCCCCUGGGGACUAAUUUCCUAACUGUACAUGGUACGUGUUACUAAAUACUGACUGCUGGCAGCAGUUUUUAUCAUUGAGACUCAAAGAAAGACAAAGUUAAAGGCACAUAGUUCAUUUAACAGCAACACCUAGCAUACUAUUGCCAUGGUGGCUAACCACAGUGUUGUCUAUAGUGGCGAUUCAAUUGCACAUGGUUUAUUGACAAUAUCCAUGCUUCUAACGACACAAGGGAGAAGUAGACACCUACUGAGGGCAGAUAACUAAAUGCAAAAAGUAUUUGACAUAAUAUCGUUGGUGUUUGUCUUUAUGCGGUUUAAAACGUCACAGUUCUUGCUUAGCGCUUCAUGUCAAUCAGCUGCAGCUUUGUUUUCCUAGGAAAUUGUGCCUUGAGUUAUAUUCAUGCAACUGGCGCCAUCUGGUGUGCAAAAUUCAAUAAAGCCAUUCCCUUUUUUCAGAAGCCCUAAAAUGACUUUUGGGGGGUAUUCCUUUUUUUUUUCUUUCUUUUUAAUCAUAGCGUCAAAAUCGUCCACAAUUGUGACCUUUUGUCCCCCUGUUGAAGCACUGUGAAACUUUGAUUGAAGGUUGAAUUCAGUCAAACCACAACCAGAUGCACAAAUGUUUUCACUCUCAGCUUUAGUUAAUUUCUUCUGAAUGUAAAUGUCCCUAAUUUGCCACUGCAAAUCUUUGAGAAGCAGGAACCAUAUCCUCAGAGUAUUGUUAUUCCUAAUUAUACAAUAUGUAUAGUUUUUACCGACUAGACACAGGAAAUAUCACUUACUUUGACCCUGAGGCAAAUGCAGAGAUGUGCAUGUUCCAACAUGUCAUUUGCAACUUCCAGUGUGACAGGGCUAACCAUCUGCAGACUGCAGAGCAAUAAUAACAUGAUAUAAGUUUAUGUUAACGCAAAUUAACUUUCACAGCGUAUUUCUUUCACUUUUUGUGCAGCAUGAACACAGCAAGACUAGUCCUGAAUUGCACCAAGUUUGCAUGUUAUCCAGCCAACAUAAACUGCAGAAGAAGGCUCUGCACUUCACAAGUAAGUCCACUUUGAAAAGCUCUGAAUGCAGCCUCUCAUAAUGUGUAAAUUGAAAACAUUUAAACAUUUUUAGUUGCUGUAUUUUUCCAGAAGUUUAACUAAGGUGACCUUAAAAGUUGAGGUUGCAGUGUUGGUCUAUUCAUGCUGAAAAAUUCCUGGAAAUAACUCGCCGGUAAGGGUCACAGCUGGAACAAAAAACUUUCUCACAGGUUAAUGUACAACUCUUUGCACAGGGGAAAGUUUGUGAAUGAUUGACAAAGCAAAAAGUAGAGUACUUGAGACACAGUGGAAGAUUAUAUGUAAUGCAUUGUUUAUAAGUGUGUUUGUGUGUCGAUGUUUUAGUACAUGAUGUCACGGCACUCACACACCAAAAGGAUUGCAGGACUGGACAAGAACGUGUGGUAUGUAAAAGAAUAAUUGGCAAAUCUGUUUUUGUUGUAAUGCAGGAGAAGAGGUGUGUUAAAAGACUUCAAAUUUAAUCAAAUUUUACACUUUCAUGAACUUAAACCACAAAUUAACCACAGAUUUCUGAUAUGUGUAAAUACAUUUGUCCUGAGAUUUUUUUAGCCAUAUAAGUGGUUAAUAACUAUUCCACAGUUUACAGCAUGUGUCUGUCUUCUAUAAAAUGUGUAAGUAAAAUUGUGGGCUAAAAAUACUCUUUAAUGGUUGUGUUUGGAAGCACAUACAAUAUCUGACUCUAAAAGUGGAUUUGAAGUCCACUAAUUAUGUAUUUUGCUGUCAAAUCAGGGUGGCAUUCACCUCAGUUGCUGCAGACCCAUCCAUUGUUAACCUGGGCCAAGGCUUCCCAGACAUUCCUCCACCCUCUUAUGUCAAGGAAGCACUAGCGAAGGCUGCAUCUGUGGACAGGAUGAACCAGUACACCAGAGGCUUUGUAAGCUCCUAAAAAUAGUUGUUUACAACAAAGUGGAAGUAUUUAAAACCAGAUGUUUGUUUUUUUUUUUUUUAGAAUCUUAGUACAAUAGGAAAAAUGUUGCCAAGAGAUGAGAAACAGAAUUGAACGGAAUCUGUUUUAAACUCCAUAGACGCUGUUUUAUUGAGUGGUUUUUGUUUGUCUUUUUUUUUUUUCUUUUCAAAGGACAAAGCACACAAAUUAACGUUACUCUAUAACUAUAGGAAGUUAUUUUACCUCUAUCAUCUUGGGACCUGAAAAAAAAACAAAAACUCUAACACUACAAACAAUAAUAUACUGACUUACAAUAUACUCACAACAUUGCAGGUGAGAGUUUAAGACUUGGGGUUAGCCUUGUCAAGGGGUCAAGUUCACUCCUGGCUCUGGAAGAAAUAUAAAACCCUCCACUGUACGCAGAGGUGGUCAUACAUUUUGGAAUAUUUUUGAUAAAAAACGGAAUAGUUUAUGCACCUAUCAUCUUGUCAUUAAGAUGAUGAAAUCAAGUUUGGCAUGCAAUAACAAAAUAACCAUUACAUAAAACUACACACAAUAAUCAGAGUAUAAAACUAUUGAAACACACUUAAACAUCACAAAAACAGAACUUGUAUCAGAAAUCAGAAAUGAGAUACAUCAAUAACAUCUAGCAUCAGUUAUUUAGAGAUAACAUUAAUUAAUUAAUUUUUUUAUAGAUAAUAGAUCAUCUCUGACAUAGAACCAUUGUGAAAGCAAGUUUAAAACUAAAUUAAUAGUUCUAGUAAAAAAUGCUUCAGCCCUGUGCUGCAAAUGUUACAAUAAGUUUGUAUUUUAAAAGUUCCCAAUUUGAUCAGAAAUUUGGACAUGUACCUGCUGAAUUACCAGUUUAAACUAUUUAUAAACGUUGCUUUUUUUUUUUUUUAAGUCCUCUGAUCCAAAACAGUGAUAUGCAAUAUUUGCUUAACUAUUACACAGAAAUCAGCUACAUAAUUUGAUCUAUUUUAUGAGAUGUCUUCUUUUUAUUUUGAAGGGUCAUCCAUCUUUGGUAAAGGCCCUUUCUCAGGUUUAUGGAAAGGUCUGUGAGCGCCAGAUCGACCCCUUUAAAGAAAUCUUGGUCACAGUGGGAGGUUAUGGUUCCUUAUUCAGUACCAUGCAAGCACUGGUGGAAGAGGGAGAUGAGGUGGGAAUAUUUUCCUCUCUCUCUCUGCAGAUGUUUUGGACGUAAGCUCAGUGUGAUUGAAUUUGUAAUUUUUCUUGUCCAGGUCAUCAUAAUUGAGCCUUUCUUUGAUUGCUAUGUACCAAUGGUGCGAAUGGCUGGGGCCAAGCCUGUGUUGAUACCAUUACGCCUUGUAAGUUGAACCUUAUGCUUCUUAUCCUUUCAUAUUUAGUAAACAGGGGGCUUACUUGACCUGCAGUAACUUGUCAUCUUUAAUAUUUCAGAAGCCUGGAAAGAAGCAGACAAUCACAAGUGCUGACUGGUAUCUAGACCCUGAUGAGCUUUCCAGUAAAUUCAACUCUAGAACAAAAGCCAUUAUUAUCAACACUCCAAACAAUCCUAUAGGGAAGGCAAGUGUGCCCCAGACUUACAGUUUAUUGAUACCCACAUGCUCAUUUCCAUGAUAGAAACACAAGUGCUUUCAGUGGAUUCUGUCCUCUGUCUACAGGUUUUCACCAGAGAGGAGCUGCAGAUGAUCGCUGACCUCUGUAUCAAACACGACACUCUGUGUUUCAGUGAUGAGGUUUAUGAAUGGCUCGUCUACAGAGGACACCAGCACAUCAAGAUUGGUAAGUUCAGCCUACUGGUCUUGUUCAGUGGAAGAGUAUCAAGAGGAAAUUAGACAUUAUGUCUUGAUGUGAGCUGCCUGCUCUUUACAUCCCCUCAGCUUUACAGAUCCAGGGACUGAAAACCCUAAAACAUACUACAACACAUGAUUUAGGCUCCACUACAUUAGUAAGAGUCACAGCAAAAUGUAGAUACUGCAGAUGUCCAUGUAAACUGCAUGGCUAUUUGGCAAGCUUCUUCUUACAAGCUGGUAAUGUGCGGAUCUGCUGUUAACAUGGCCCGUUUAGAUGUUAACUGUAAGGUAGCAGGUAGCGCCUCUUAACUGCAACUUAGCAAACCUGUAAGCUUAUUCAGUAGCAAGACAAUAACAAUAACUGCAGUUCAUUUAAGUGAAAUUGCUGCUUUCUUGGACGUAAAAAGUGCGUUAGCCGUGUGUUGCGGUCUGAAGUUGAAAAUACCACCUCUGCACACUGUCUGACUUGCAAUCAUAUACUUCUUUUCAAGGCUUGGGUGUAUAUUCUUCAUCAGAUUAAUGCUAGUUAUAAUCAGAAGGCAUCAUGAACAGGAGGUGUUUGCAUUUUGUAAAGUUACUGAAAUGGCAAUAAUCAAAAGAGAGAAUAGACAGAUGACAGGCUGCAAUCUCAAGAAACUAUACUUGAAAGCAUUGUACAUGAUUGAAAUUUGUACUUUUUUAAAAUGUAAAACAACCACAAAAAAAAAUAAUAAUAACGUGAUGGUAAAUAGUUUGGUACGUAAGAAAAAGGUUAAUGUUUAAAACCAAGUAUUAGCUCAAACCUCAUCCUCAAUGACCUACAGUGAAGACAUUUCCAAAAGUAGCAUAAUUAUGAAUAAAUGAUGUAUGCUGUCUCUGUAUUAUGUAGAUGUACACUACAGGCCAAAAGUUUGGAAGCAAGGCCAUUACAGGCUGAACAGUUGGGAGUCACAAGUUUUUGUUCACAAUGCCUUUUUUUUUAAAUCCAGCAUGUAUUUUGGGAUGUAUUUACUCCAUGAUCAGAUGUUGCUUUCAUGGAAAUGUACCAUUUUAUUCCAUUUACCUUUAGAUAUACAUUAAUGUGAACACACCAUUGCUAAAUAUAUGUCAGCAAAAGAUAAUAAGGGCUUAGUUUUAGGGUUGAAAACAUUUGCAAGAGUCACAACUUCAGUGCAAAAGCAAAAAAACAAAUCACAGUUGGAUUAUUUACUUCAACUUUUUGGCUUUUGGGAGUCUGCAUACAAAAAUCCUAAUAAAUCUCAACUGCAUCAAACUACCACAAAAAUGGCUAGAAAGAAGCAACUAAGUAAAGAAACAAAAGUACAGAUUUGUACAUUGAGGAAAGAAGGAUACACAGAAAGAGAAAAUUGCAAAACGCCUAAAGGUGUUUAACAAAGGAGUCCACUACACUCUGUAGAGACUAGAGGACCUGGAAGUUAUGAUGAUAGAAAAAGACCUGGACGAAAGAGAGUUACUACAAAAGCAGAGGAUAAACAUAGCAUUGUCACCAGUAAGAGAGAUCGGCGAAAGACAGCACCACAAAUAAGGGAGGAAAUCAACAUGAUAAGGUCGAAACCCAUAUCUCUAAUAACCGUGAAAUGACGUUUGAGAAAGGCUGGUCUGAAGGGUUGUGUAUCUGCAAAAAAACACUACUUCGUCCACGGAACAAGAAAAGGAGAUAUGAGUGGGCAAAAGCUCACAAAAAUUGGACUUAAGAUGACUAGAAACAAGUUUGAACUGUUUGGUUCAAAAUGCAGAGUCUAUGUCCGCAGACAAACUGGUAAACGUCUGAAAGCACCAUGUGUUACACCCACAAUUCAGCAUGGAGGUGGUAGUUCCAUGAUAUGGGGAUGAUUUGCAGGUGAUGGAGUAGAAGAUUUGUUUGAAGUAAAGGGUAUCAUGAAGUAGGAACAGUACCACUCCAUCCUCCAGCACCAUGCUGUUCCAUCUGGACUCAGACUUGCGGGUCAUAAGUUUGUUUUUCAGCAAGACAAUGACCCUAAGUAUUCUGCCAAGCUCUGUCGAGGUUACCUAGACAAAAAGGAAGAGGAAGAUGUUCUUCAAAAGAUGGUUUGGCCCUCUCAGUCUCCAGACAGAAAAAACACGUCCCACGAAUCAGCAGCCUCUUUUUAAUGAAGCUUGGAAUACAAUCCCUGGAACAUACCUUAAAAAACUUGUGGAAUGAAUGCCUGGUAUAUGCCAAGCUGUUGUUAAAGCCAGAGGAGGUUACUUUAAAGAAAGCAAAGUCCCAGCAACAAUAACUCAAAUACCUAAUAAUUAUAGUCAAAAUGUCUUUGAUAAGUUACUCUUUACACAAUAGUCAUGUUUAUUGUGUUGCAAAUUAUAUAUAUGAAACUAUGAUCUUUUUUUGUACAAAUCUGAUCUUGCUUCCAAACUUUUGGCCUGUAGUGUAUAAAUAUGAUGAUCUGUCUUGACUCUUUCAACCCCAAAUGUCAAUGACCCUUCAGCCACUCUUCCCGGGAUGUGGGAUAGAACGAUCACUAUCGGCAGUGCAGGGAAAACAUUCAGCGUUACUGGAUGGAAAGUAAGAAGUCUGAUUAUUUAGAUCACACUCUUGAAUGAUAAGUAUUUUACUCUUGCACAUCAUUCAUUGGUCAUUUUUGUCUUUUAGCUUGGUUGGUCUGUAGGGCCAGAGCACCUGAUAAAGCAUCUUCAGACCGUCAUGCAGAAUACUCUGUACACCUGCCCAACACCUCUACAGGCAAGCUCCUGCAACUCUUAUGUGUUCCUCGAAAUCCAUCAAAUAAAGCAUGAAACCUUUCAAACCUGUUUCAGUCUGAAUCUCCUUGUGUUUAUUUUCAGGAGGCUGUGGCUCAAGGUUUACUCCUGAACCUUAAGAUGAUCGAUCAGCCUGAAUGUUACUUCUCCUCACUGGCAGAGGAGCUGGAGGGUAAGAGGGACCGCAUGGCUGCUAUCCUGCAAGAAGCUGGAAUGACCCCUGUGAUUCCUGAGGGAGGAUACUUCAUGCUGGUGGAUGUGACAUCACUCAGUGAGUUACUGAACAUUUAAACUAACAUUUCUGGUCAUGUCUAAUGUAAAAGUGUACAUAUUUGUGUAAUAUUUCAUGUUUAAACUUUGUACAUAGGGAAUAAAAUCCACUGGAGUCAUUUUCCUUGUAUGUGUACAUGUAAUUGGCCAGUAGAACCACACUUACAUUCAUCAGCUCUAGUUUUGGAGUUUUUAAAAUUUUCCAUGUGUUCAGUGCUAUGAGCUGGACACCCCCGAGAGAGAUGAAUGUUGCCGACUGCUUGCUUCUCUAGUUAUACCAACUGCAGUAGCGACCGCACGAUAGCAAUUCACAGCAUUCCAAGUCUCCAUGCGCACACCUUAACCAAAAAGCCACUCUGUAGCCACAAAUAAUGCUCAGAACAGCACCUAACUUCAUUAACAGUAUAUAUAGGGUCCCAGCCAUAGUACUAGCCAUCAAACAUCUUUUUAACUUUGCCUAAUUUCCUUAGAAAAGAGACCAAACACAGCUCACCCACUCUCCUCCAGCAGCUGCUUGUUUGUGGAGGAGCCCCGACGAGUCGAUCACCAAGUGCAGCAGAGUUUCGCAGCUCAAGGAAGAACAUUUAUGAUUAUUACUUCAUAGAAAUGCAAUCAAACCGAGACGCUAAGGCAGAAGAACUAAUGCGUCUGCAGUGCAAAAUGAUUAUUAUGUUGAUAAUUACUUCAAGUAAAUGAUCCACUGCACUCGGUGAUCAACUUGUCAGGGUUCCCCCCCACAAACCAGCGGCUGCUGGAGGAGAGUGGGUGAGUUGUGUUUGGUCUCUUUGCUAAAGAAAUUAGGCAAAGCCCAGCCACCCUAUAUGUACUGUUGAUGAAGUUAGGUGCUGCUCUGAGCAUUAUUUGUGGCUAUCGAGUGGCUUUUUGGUUGAGGUUUGUGUGUGGAGCAAACCUCAACCAAAACUAAGCGGUUGACAACAUUCAUCUCUCGAGGGGGUGUCUAACUCAGUGUUACGGUGUGUUUGACCAUAACUUAAAUUUACGCCAGAAUAUCCCUUAAACAUUUUAAAAUGUUACUCUCUAGUUUUACCAUGGGAAUAACAACUGCCCCUUAAACAUAUUUCUCUAUCAAGUUUUAUAAGGGAGCCCUUGUAAUGUGAGAGGAAACAUGAAAUACUCACACACAAACCCAGUCUUUGAAUAGGAUUACUGCUGUCGUACUUUGCUUCACUACUUGUUAAUAUUAAUGACUGUUGUGUUGCCUUGUGGCUGGAUUAGCAGUGACAGGUUGUGCUGAAUCCCUGCACCUCGAGUGAAUAACCAUCUCUGCUCUGUGUUCUGUAGAUCAGGACCUGUCACAUAUGGAUGAUGAUGAUGCUUAUGACUACAAGUUUGUGAAGUGGAUGAUUAAAGAAAAGGUAACGUAAUGGACUUCAGUGAGUGUUUAUUCCCUAAGAUAUAAGAUAAUUAUUGUGUAGCUGUGCUGUGCUUGUUCCCGCUGUUUUUAUUUGUCUUUAUUGCUGGUCUUGAUUGUAAUGUCAUCUAUAUUAGAAACUAGCAGCCAUUCCAGUCACUGCAUUUGUUGGAGAUGAGUCCAAGAAGCAAUUUGAAAAAUAUAUUCGCCUCUGUUUCAUUAAGGUAAGUACAAAACCACUUGCUACAAACAAAAACACAACACAUUUAGUAUACAUUUAAAAGGACAAAUGUAGGCAGAGUGGCAAUUUUGCAAACUUUUAAUAACAUUCAGUUGUCUUUCUCUUCACAGCAAGAUAGUACUCUUGAUGCGGCAGAGGAAAUCUUGAAAAACUGGAGCAAGAUUUAAUGGAUCCCAGUGACACAGCUACAAAAUGUCAGGAGGAAGGAUAAAUGACUGGUAAUGUGGAGGAACAGUAUUUGUCAGCAAAACUGUACACCAACCAUUAAUGUGGAUAAGUGAAACUAUUGUAGUUAAAUAUUUCACUGUAAAAUAAGCUGCAGAAUCUUGUAGUCAUCAGGGCUGAAAUCAAUCAUUCUGUAUUCAAUGUAUGGGGUUUCGAUCAUAAGAAUAGUGAGAAAAUACUCUUUUCUACAAUCUAGUUGAUGUCAGCAACAGCCAUUUCUGUUACUGCUGAGAAGAAUGAAAGAGAUGAAUUAUUUUGAAGUAUGUUUUUCCAUGGAGGCUUGAUGUGGGCUGCAUUGCAGAUGCAUUAAUUCAAAAUGGUCGGAAAUUGAAUAAAUAGAAUAAUAACUCCUCUCAAUUCAUAUGAAUCUGCUAUUUUUCUGUUUAUACAAACCCCAAAUCCAGUGGUUUGAAUAUUGUAGAAACUGUAAACAAAAACAGAGUAAUGUGACUUGCAGGUCAUUUUCUCUCUAAAUUCAGUUCAUCACACCACAAAGACAAGGUAUUAUAUUGAGAAUCUUUUUGCAAAUAUUUACAUGUGCUGAAUUUGACGUCUAUACCUUGUUCCUAAAAUUCUGGGACAGAGUCAUGUUUGUCUCAGUGUUACAUCACCUUUCCAUUGGACAACACUCAGUAAGACACUGCGGACUCUAUUUUCAUGCCUCGCUGGCAGGGUGGCGUAGGCGUGGCGUAAGUCAGGUCCGCUGCGCCGACAAGGAGUGCCCAAGCACAUUUUGGUGAGCUUCGCAGCCCAGCGCAAAUUAAAUAUCCUGUCAUUGUAGUGUAUUUAAAUAGAUACAGGUGAAAAGGAAUGUGCUAAUUAUUUUAUUCUGUUUGUAGAAAAGGUUUGAGUUGCUGAACUUUGAAAUAGCAUUAGUUUACAGUAAAUCUGUGUAUCCCUUACACUAGUUCUGGGUUCAGUUGCUCUAACUAAGAGUUUUAGAAGUUUUUUUUUAGUUUUAAAUAUGUGGGAUGGACUUAACCAGUGAGAGUUGUACACUCACCGGCCACUUUAUUAGGUACACCUGUCCAACUGCUCGUUAACACUUAAUUUCUAAUCAGCCAAUCACAUGGAGGCAACUUAGUGCAUUUAGGCAUGUAGACAUGGUCAAGACAAUCUCCUGCAGUUCAAACCGAGCAUCAGUAUGGGGAAGAAAGGUGAUUUGAGUGACUUUGAACGUGGCAUGGUUGUUGGUGCCAGAAGGGCUGGUCUGAGUAUUUCAGAAACUGCUGAUCUACUGGGAUUUUCACGCACAACCAUCUCUAGGGUUUACAGAGAAUGGUCCGAAAAAGAAAAAAUAUCCAGUGAGCGGCAGUUCUGUGGGCGGAAAUGCCUUGUUGAUGCCAGAGGUCAGAGGAGAAUGGCCAGACUGGUUCGAGCUGAUAGAAAGGCAACAGUGACUCAAAUAACCACCCGUUACAACCAAGGUAGGCAGAAGAGCAUCUCUGAACGCACAGUACGUCGAACUUUGAGGCAGAUGGGCUACAGCAGCAGAAGACCACGCCGGGUGCCACUCCUUUCAGCUAAGAACAGGAAACUGAGGCUACAAUUUGCACAAGCUCAUCGAAAUUGGACAAUAGAAGAUUGGAAAAACGUUGCCUGGUCUGAUGAGUCUCGAUUUCUGCUGCGACAUUCGGAUGGUAGGGUCAGAAUUUGGCGUCAACAACAUGAAAGCAUGGAUCCAUCCUGCCUUGUAUCAACGGUUCAGGCUGGUGGUGGUGGUGUCAUGGUGUGGGGAAUAUUUUCUUGGCACUCUUUGGGCCCCUUGGUACCAAUUGAGCAUCGUUGCAAUGCCACAGCCUACCUGAGUAUUGUUGCUGACCAUGUCCAUCCCUUUAUCAGCACAAUGUACCCAACUUCUGAUGGCUACUUUCAGCAGGAUACUACGCCAUGUCAUAAAGCUGGAAUCAUCUCAGACUGGUUUCUUGAACAUGACAAUGAGUUCACUGUACUCAAAUGGCCUCCACAGUCACCAGAUCUCAAUCCAAUAGAGCAUCUUUGGGAUGUGGUGGAACGGGAGAUUCGCAUCAUGGAUGUGCAGCUGACAAAUUUGCGGCAACUGUGUGAUGCCAUCAUGUCAAUAUGGACCAAGCUCUCUGAGGAAUGCUUCCAGCACCUUGUUGAAUCUAUGCCACGAAGAAUUGAGGCAGUUCUGAAGGCAAAAGGGGGUCCAACCCGUUACUAGCAUGGUGUACCUAAUAAAGUGGCCGGUGAGUGUAUGUCCCCUUUUUAAAUUCUGCAUAAAUAAGAAAGCCUUCAUUUUAAACAACACCAAGAAAGUGAUGAUAUUUGAUGUGUCAAUAAAGUCAUUUUAUUAAAAUCUGUGUGUUUACUCAGCAUGCAACUUUUAGAGACCAUACUUUUGUUUUGCUUAAGUUUUCUAAAUAACCUGCUUAGUGAAACUUAAUGGCACUGUUUAAUGGAAACCAAUAAAAAAGUAGGACUGAAAUAUAACAUUUGAUUCUGCUGGAACUCUUGUGCUUGCUUCGUAGGUGAAGUAAGUCUACCACAGCACUUUUUUGGCUUAUAUCUUGGCCAAAAAAUAUCUUGAAUAAAGCAGUCAGAAUGCUACAUAGAUAGUCAAUGGCUCUUUCAGCCC